AUGUUGUUUUAUGUCAAUAAAGUACUUCAAGCUCCUCCAACCGUGAUAAUGAUGGUGCCAAAUGAGGAAUCUUCAAAGAUAACCAUUGAUGACUUUGGAAGUUCAAGGCUAUUGCACGAUAUUGAAGAAAUAAGCAAAGCCCUAUAUCUACAUGACCCACCAAAGCCUUCAAUAGAUCAAACCCCAAGAAAAUCAAAGUAUGUAAAUGACGAUAUCUUAUCAAAUCAGAAGAAAUCUUCUAUAUGGAAAUGGAAGCCUUUAAAAGCCCUAACUCAUAUCCGAAAUCAUAGAUUAACUUCUUUCUUUCUCCAUGUCCAUUCCAUAGAAGGAUUGCCAUUAAACUUCAAUGAUCUUAGCUUAUGUGUCUGUUGGAAAAGAAAACAUGAGGUUUUAAAAACUCGUUCAAAACAUGUUAAAGAAGGUGUUGCAGGGUUUGAAGAGACAUUGAGUCAUCAAUGCUCAAUAUAUAUAGUAGUUGGGGCUCCAAGUUUAGAUCUUGGGAAGCAUUGGAUCGAUUUAACAAGGUUGCUUCCACUAACUUUAAUGGAGUUAGAAGAAGAAAAGAACCGAAAUGGAAAGUGGAAAACGAGUUUUAAGCUUAUGGGUAAGGCAAAAGGCGCGAUAAUAAAUGUUAGUUUUGGGUUUUCUUUAUCUGGGAAUCUUGGAAAGAUUCCCGAUAAAGGAAACGGGAAUCUUCGAAUGAUUCCAUAUAAAGGAAGUGAGAAUCUUGGUAAGAUUCAAGAUAGAGGAAAUGGGACGAGUUAUAAUGGAAUGCUUCAAAGAGUCAAAAGCAUUCCGAGUAACUCGAGGCGUAGGACCCACGCAUCAAGUUUAUCUUUCAAUAUGAAAUCUGGGCCUUCGAUUUCUUUACUUUAUGAGUUACUUGAUGAUCCGAAACCGAGUUCUUUAAAUGAUGUUUAUGAUGAGGAGUUUACAUUCAUUGAUAAAGGUGUUGAAUUUGCUCAAAAAGAUCAAGAUAAUGUUGAAUUUGUUGAGAAUUCUUGUAUAGAGACAAUUGAUGUUUCUGAAUUAUUUGCGAUUGAUGAAGAUAACGAUAAAAUAAGUGGUAAUUUGGAAACCGAGACUUUUCUUUAUGAAAAUCUUGAUGAUAAUCUUGAAGAACUCGAAUUAUUUUUGCAAAAUCUCUCAACAGAAUCACCCGAAUUGGAUUUUUCAUUUCAAAAAAACCCAUUUCUUGAAAACAAUUCAAGAAGUGAAAUUGUGAGAUCACGUAGCUUAGAUGACUUAACAAAAACUGUCGUUAAUGAUUUCAUGAACUUUCUUGGUUCCGAUAGUGAGCCAGAGUCUCCAAGAGAGCGUCUUUUGCGACAGUUUGAGAACGAAACUCAAAUUGUCGCUAAAAACUUCGACUUUGAUCUCGAUGUUGAAGAAGAGGAAAGAGACACUUCAAAUGUUUUCAAUUCAUCUUUUCUAUUCCAAGAAAUUGAUGAAGUGGAAGUGGUGGGGCCCAGGGUGGGGGAGUCUUUGAUAAGUAGAAGGAAAGCUAAAAUGCUUGAGAACUUAGAAACCGAAGCUUUAAUGGAGGAAUGGGGAUUAAACGAGAGGGCGUUUCAAAAUUCUCCAAGAACGAAUUCGGGUGCGUUUGGGAGUCCGGUUUAUUGUUCGCCGGAAAGGCUGCCGGAGUUGCCGCCUAUUGGAGGUGGUUUGGGUUCGUUUUUGAAGAUGGGAAAUUGUGGGUUUUUGAGAUCUAUCAGUCCUUUGGUUUUUAGAAGAGCUAAAAAUGGUGAAAGAUUGAUUGUGCAAGUUUCUAGCUCAGUUGUGUUGCCUAUGGCAAUGGGGUCUAAUGGUUUGGAUAUAAUGCGGAAAUGGGCAGCAGUUGGUGGUGAAAAGAUGAUUAUCCAGGCUGCUCGUUUGAUGCCCAUGGAAGAAAUUACAGGGAGGAGAUUGCAAGAAUUGGAAAUGGAGGUGCUUGAGAGGAGGCAUGAAUUACUUCCCGAAUCAGAUCUCAUUUGCCACGAGAUCAAUUCAGAAUAUGUUUCAGUGGACGAAAUUGCCCCUUCAGCAAUUGAAAAGAUUCAAUACCUCUUAAUCGAGGGAUUAAGAAUCCAAUCCGGUAUCCCAUCUGAAGAACCUCCCUCGAGCAUCUCUGUCAACUCGGAUUCAACAAGCAAACCUGACAUCGAAGAACUAUUAGCCAUGUCUGUAUCAUUGGACGAGUGUCUAAGGUCGGAAAAUCAUGGGCAUUUUAGUAAUUUCACGUUAGCUUUACGGUUAUUACUCAGAGACCCGUUCCGAGAUUACGAACCCGUUGGCAUUCCAAUGUUUGCAUUAAUUCAUGUUGAGCGGGUUCAAACCGAGACCACAAUCAAACCCGUGUUUAAAAUCAAUGAGGUUCAUGUCACGGGGUUUAGAGUUGAUCUUCAAAAGAACCAAUCGGGGUCCAGGUGGUUGCAUUCUAGUGGGAUGACAGGAAAGAUGAAAAGGCAUCAAUUUUCCAAAUCAAAUGCUUUAGUGAAAUCGUCUAUAAGAUCUAUGAACAUGAAGCAUGAAGAAACAUUGUGGAGUGUUUCUUCUUAUGUUCAUGGUGAAGUUUCUAAGUGGAAAGAAUUGUCGGGAAUGAGCUUAUAUGUAAGGAAUCCUGAUAUCGUCUUCAAAUGAGAAAUAGCAACAUACUUUCAUGUGAAUUUUGCAGUAUAAUGAACGUAGAUAUGAUAUGUAUGAUUAUAAAGGUUAAA